GUAGCAAAAAUCGCACAGAACGGUUCGUUGCACAAAGAUAGCGGAAUAAAAUAAAUAAUUUUUAGAAAAAGUAUUCUCACACAAAAUUUAAACAUAAUUUGUGAAAAUAAAAUAAACAUAAAUAACGUUUUAAACUAUCCAUUCGUAAUUUGGGAACAACGUUUAAAAUGGAAUACAAACUAAUAACGGAAGACCGUUAUGAUGACGUAAUACGACAUUUGAGGGAUAACUUUUUUGCCGAUGAGCCAUUGAACAAAGCAGCUGGCCUUUGUCGACGUGGUUAUGGUCAUCGCGACUUGGAACAUCACAGUUUGGAAACGCUGGAAGAUAAUUUAAGUCUGAUGGCUGUUACAGAAAGCAAUGAGAUUGCAGGUGUCAUUUUGAAUGGUAUUUUACAUCCUGGUGAUAUAGAGACUUCCCAAAAGAAAUUGGAACUUAACGAUGAUGAGAAAUUUAAGAAAAUAUUUCGACUUUUAUACACAAUAAACUUAAAGGAUGACAUUUUUCAAAAAUUCCAUGUGGACAAGGCAUUUGAUGUACGUAUACUAUCAGUGGAUAGCCAGUAUCGGGGCCAGGGUAUAGCCAAACAUUUGGUAAGGCACAGUCAAGAUAUAGCCAAGGAAUGUGGAUUUAAAGUCAUGAAAGCAGAUGCCACCGGAAUAUUUUCUCAGAAAAUUCUUAAAUCAAAUGGAUUUGAAGUUCUACUGGAACAGUAUUACAAUAAAUAUGUUGAUGAGUUUGGUCAACCGAUAUUGAAUGUGGAGUCGCCUCACAUCAAACUGCAGUUACUUUAUAAAGUGUUGGAGUAAACGAUGUUUUUUUGAAUUUGAACCAAAUAAAACGCAUUUUAGUUUGUAUGUAUGUUUCCUAUGUGAAGACAAAUCCCAAAUGGCCAAAAAACGCUACUAUUUUAUACUUUAAAGAAAAUUCGAGCAAAAAAAAUAUAUAUUUAUAUACACAAAUCGUAUAUAAUAAGACCAAUAUUAAAACUUAAAAAAUAACCAACGUCCAUAACCACAACAAAAAAAACGUGUUUUUUAGUUUUAAGACAAUAAUUCGUAUAGAAACAAGAAUAACAAUCAAAUAUUAACAAAAUACAAUAAAUGUGUACUUAUUUAAGAAAACAAAAACGAAAAGUUUAAGAUCAAAAAUAAAAUUAUACCAAAGAAAUAUUAUAACUAUUAUACAUUUAAUAUAUAAAUUAUAUGAAAUACACAUAAACAAAGUAAAAGUAAAAAAGGAAUUUACUUAAAUAUAAAUGUGAGUUAAUACGUUAUUGAACUAUGCUAUAAGAAUAUUUUGUAUGUAUGUACG